UACUUUAUAAUCUAUCUAAUGGACAAUUCGCUGUUCCAUCUGUCAGUGGACAGUGUUGUCCACCAACUAGUGAAUUUACAAUCAACAAAAUAAAUCAAAAUAAAGGAAUAAUGUUUGGAGGAGUAGUAACUAAUGAUGGUCUUACUACAGUUACUAAUAAUAUGUACAUAUUUAAUGUGACACAUAAUACAAUACAUUGGGAGAAUAUUAAAAAAGGAUCAAUAUCUGGUGAGGGACUCUGGACUAAGGAGAGAUAUGAUCAUGCUGGUGCUAUUAUCAAUGGUGACUCUACCUCACCUGCACUAGUAGUGAUUGGUGGACGGGAUGAGUACAAUCAACUAGUGACUGAAUGUUUAUUAUUUGAUAAUAUCACUACUGGUCAGUUCAGUUGUAAGAAGGUAUGUGUACAUGUACAUGU